CCCCCUCCCCCCUUCACUUCAACCAUGGCCCGCGCGACGUUCGCGGACCCGCCCGUCUCCUCGACAUCGUCGGGGAACGGGCAGCCCACUGAGACCUCGCGCCUCAAGGACCACGCGUACACGCCCGCUUACGCGUACGUCGAGGAGGACCUUGAGGCGCUGGCCGGCGCGGACGGCGACGACGGGCGCGAGGUCGAGGUGUGGAAGCCCGGCAAGAGUGGCUUUUACCAGACUCUCCUCAACGUCCUCGGCGACCUGAUUGGCACGGGGUUGCUCGCGACCCCCAUCGCGAUCGCACAUGCGGGAUGGGUGUUUGGGCCGCUGAUGCUCGCGUUCGUCGGAGGCAUCACGCUGUGGACUCUCAAGAUCCUGCUCCGCAUUAUCGCGCAGGACCGUCGCCUGCGCAACUUCACGGAUGUUAUCGGCUUUGCCCUCGGCAAGCGGGCAGAGCGAUUUAUCACCGUUCUCUUCGUCGCUGAAGUGGCGGCCUGGGUGAUCACCCUCGUCGUCUUGUUCUCCGACUCGCUCGAGGCCGUCCUCCCCAUGUACUCGUCAAACCAGUGGAAGAUCAUCGGGCUGGUCGUCAUCAUCCCCACCAUGUUCCUCCCGCUGCACUACCUCGCCUACUCGUCCUUCUUGGGUAUCUUGAGUACAUGGGCGCUCGUUGCCAUCCUGCUCUUCACGGGCGUUGUGACGCCCGAGGGUCCCGGCUCUAUUCGCGACCCCGCGCCGACGGAUCUCUGGCCCCCUCAUGGGUGGAUGAAGUUUGCAACCGUGUUCGGCCUGAUGAUUGGUGGGUUCGGAGGACACGGCCUCAUCCCCAACCUCAUUUACGACAUGAAGAACCCGCACCAGGCCGAGCGCGUCUGCGAGGUCGCGUACGGCAUCGCCAUGGCCGUGUAUGUCAGUGUCGGCGUCUUCGGAUACCUGAUGUACGGCCACGACGUCAGCGACGAGGUCAGCCGCGACCUGGCGCGCACGCCCGGCUUCAGCCCGCUACUCGCCAAAUUCGCCGUGUGGAUGGUCGCGCUCAACCCGCUCACUAAAAUUGCGCUCGGCGUCCGCCCCCUUGCCGACGUCCUUUUCUCCUACUUCGGCCUGCACAAAACCGAGCUCGUGCCCGAGGAGGCGCCAACGCCGCGCUACGUCACCCGUCCCAGCUCGCCGACGAGCUCGCAGAACUCGGCGAUUAGCCACAACGAACACCUAUUCGCACGGCACGGCGCUGACCCGGCCGCGAGCCACUUCAGCGUUGUCGCUGAGGCGCGGCAACAGCGCUCCGAGAAGUGGAAGGAUGUCGUGCGCCCCGCCAUCCGCGUCAUUCUCGGCGUCCUGUCUGUCCUCCUCGCACUCGUCUUCCCGAGUUUCGAGGCGCUGAUGGCUCUCCUCGGAAGCGGAUUUGCCAGCAUCACGCUCAUCAUCGUACCUGUGUGGGCUGGGGCCGCUCUCUUCGGGUGGCACUGGUAUGAUUACGCAGCAAUGGCCAUUGCCACCGUCGCGGGCGUUGUAGGAUCCGUUGCUGCGUUCUGGCCAUGACACGAUGAGAGAUGGAAAUUGCCAUUAGACUCCAUGAUGCAUAUAGUGCUAUUUGC